UGGUUUUGAACCCAACAUUUCACAUUUGUGUCUCUUCAACUACAUGCGGAUCGUGAAGGGAUGAGUUCUACUAUUGAAAGUCUAUAAUACCCCUCACAUUUUCCAAAAUUACUGACGUUUCAUGCUUUAAACGGGAGACCAGCUAAGGGGUAUUUUGGUAGUUAGAUAGUUAUCUGCAGCAAAGCCACCCAGGAAGCUAACACGACAGUUCAUAUCCUUUCAGUUUCAUAAACCCUAAUUUUGCCUCUUAAAUUUUCACCUUCCAUAGCUCUCAACCACCUCUCCCUUUCACAAAUGGCAACAUUCCCAUCUUCAUCCUCAGGGUUCGCUUUCAUCCUCCUCUUCCUUAUGACUCUAUUAUCUUCUCUUAUCGUUUCGCAUCAGCAACCCCUCCUCGACUCGACCGAGCAAGACUCUGUCUACGAGGUCCUUUCCUCCAUCAACUCAGCCAUUCCUUGGCGUACUCUCUUCCCUGAUGACCUCUGCCUUUCUGCUCCUCACGGCAUCGUUUGCGACUACUUCUUUGAACAACCCAACUACGUUUCCUCUACCCUUCCUCAAACGGCUCACGUCACUGAGCUCAAUUUCGGCUAUGUUUCCGAUUAUACGCCGAACCCGCCUUGUUCUCCGAACUCCACUCUCAACUCUCUCCUCUUCACCUCCUUUAAGUACCUUCGCAAGCUUUUUUUCUACAAGUGCUUCACUGAAACAACCGUUGUGGUGCCUAACGUUUCUUCUUCGAGUUUCGGGGCUAAUCUUGAGGAGCUUGUGUUUGUUGAAAACCCAACUUUGGUUGGGUCUCUCAGUGGCAUCAUUGGUAAUUUCACCAAUCUGAGAAGGCUAGUUUUGACUGGAAAUGGGGUCUCUGGAAAUAUCCCUGACAGGAUUGGUGAUUUGGUUAAUAUUGAAGAGAUUACACUCUCAAGAAACCAUUUAACUGGUAAUGUUCCAUUUAGUCUGUCCAAGCUGAAGAAGCUGAGAAUUCUAGAUUUGAGUCAAAACCACUUUGACGGAAAUGUCCCUGAGUCUAUAGGUAAUUUAUCUCAGAUUUUGAAGCUUGAUUUGAGCUUCAAUGGGUUUUUUGGUAAAAUUCCAUAUAGCUUGGUUAACUUACAAAUUUUGGAGUUUUUAGACCUGAGUUUUAACCGCUUUGGUAACUUUGGAGUUCCCCUGUUCUUGGGAGAAAUGCCCAGAUUGAAAGAAAUGUAUUUUAGUGGGAAUUUACUGGGAGGGCAUAUUCCAGAAAUAUGGGAGAAGCUUGGGGGUAUUUCGGGAAUAGGAUUUUCUGACAUGGGUCUGGUUGGGAAGAUUCCACCUUCCAUGGGAGUAUACUUGAGAAACUUGUGUUAUCUAAGGCUUGAUAACAACAAGCUUGAAGGGGAAGUGCCAGAGGAGUUGUGGUUUUUGGAAUUUGUCAAUGAGAUCAACUUGGAAAACAACAAUUUGAGUGGUAGAAUUCCAUUAUCUGCUACAUUUACAGCUAAGGUUGAUGAAAAGUUUAAGUUACAAGGUAAUUCAGGGCUGUGCAUUGAUGAAGGUUUUGGCUCUAGUAAAAAUGAGGGCAGCUUGGAGAAGUUGAAGUUGUGCAACAAAUCAGAUAUUCCCAAUCCUGUCCUUUUCAAAGAGUAUAAUUCUGUAUCUUCUUUAUCAUCUGUGCAGGUGUUAUCUUCUCCCCAUGGGUUAAUAACUUUGGGUUUUUACUUCUUGUUGCUUUGGUAUGUCCAGAGAUGAAGUGGCUAACAGAAGAAAGAAACAGUUUCCCCUUUCUAACUUUGCAUAGGACUUUUGGGGGUUUAGAUUCGAAGAAGGGGUGGCAUUGAGGCAAAUAUGUAAUUAUUGCCUUUUAUGAUGAUAAUUUCAAAAUUACAUAUACAGUGUUGCUUUUAAAUUUGUAAAGGUAUGGGGGAUUAUUUGAUGUAGUAGGACAUAGGUGUCAACCUUCUGUUCUUUUUAUGACAAAUGACAGUGGUGCGUGUCUGAAGGGCUGUUUGCAAAGAGGCAGGCAAUAUAUGAUUAUAAUUGAUUAA